CUGCAUGGGGGUGUGUUGGAGAAUGAAAAAAAAAAUUGAAAUCAAGAAACCAAGGACAGCCCCAAAAAGGACUCGACUCAACAGCAACUAAUAAUCAGUCCUGUCUCAGUGUCUCUUGUGCCAGUCAGUGUGUGUUGCUGGUAGACUAGAGAAAGAUUGGCUGUGUCACAUCUCCUGCUUUAAGCCAUCUGAAGGAGUCUAAAGUGAUUCCUCUCACUUUGCAGGCUGUGCUUCUCCCUGUGCAUUGGUUUCUUUUUUUAUGCAAGGUGUGAAGCUGUUCCCCUUUCGUCUAUUUCGCAGGACAGUGAGUAAAACAGGAAGAUUGCAGAGAUCCAAAUGACCUCUCCACCCUGAUCCCAGCUGACCACCUCUGUUCACACAGAAGACAAUAAAGGGAAUAAAGCACUCAGAGAUAAAGAUUAAACAACCAUUUAGCAGAAAGAGAGAGAGAGAGAAAAGAAAACAUAACAAACAUAAAAGGAAAGACACGCUUCUAAUCCUGGAGUCAUUACUUAUGAUCCAUGGGCAGAGUUUCAGCCCAUCCCAGGCAACCUACAGACAGACUUUAAGCAAUCCAUUUUAUUGUGAUUUGCCUGGGAGAGCAUUAUCCCCAAACCACAGCAGUAUGGAGAUGAGAACUGAGAGUCCCUGUUUAAGGGACAGUCCAGACAGAAGGAGCAACAGCCCAGAUACUAAAAGUCCUCCCCCCAUAAAGGUGCCCAGGUUAGAACAGAAUGGAAGCCCCUCCGGAGCCAGGGGAAGAACAAAUGGCUCACUCAGCAAAUCAGUAGGAGACCUAUACACAGGGCUUAUGCUUCCCGUAUUCUGUGUGGUGGAGCAGAUGGACAGCAGGGAAGAACACGCUGAAUUUGUGCUGGUGCGGAGAGAUGUUCUUUUCAAUCAAUUGGUGGAGACAGCUCUUCUGGCUCUUGGAUAUUCUCACUCAUCUGCUGCUCAGGCACAAGGAAUCAUUAAAAUUGGGCGUUGGAACCCAUUGCCUAUCAGUUAUGUGACAGAUGCUCCAGAUGUGACAGUGGCUGACAUGUUACAAGAUGUCUACCAUGUGGUGACAUUGAAGAUCCAGUUGCAGAGUUGUUCUAAACUAGAGGAUCUACCUGCAGAGCAGUGGAACCAUGCAACAGUCCGAAAUGCCUUACGAAUGCUGCUCAAGGAGAUGAAUCAGAGUACACUUGCCAAAGAAUGCCCUCUCUCUCAGAGCAUGAUUUCUUCCAUUGUAAAUAGCACAUACUACGCCAAUGUGUCUGCUACUAAGUGCCAGGAAUUUGGAAGAUGGUAUAAAAAGUACAAGAAGAUGAAAGUUGAACGAGACAAUCUGUCAGAUUACUGCGUGCUGGGACAGCGGCCAACACACUUAGCCAGCAUAAACCAACUGGCCAGCUUGGGAAAAAACAGUGAACAGCCUCCUCACAACCAGCUCCAUCACAGUCCCCCAAUCAGAAGUCAAGUCCCUACUUUGCAACCUAUAAUGAGCCCUGGAAUUUUAUCACCUCAGUUAAGUCCUCAACUGGUGCGACAGCAGAUAGCCAUGGCUCACCUUAUAAACCAACAGAUAGCUGUCAGCAGACUUUUGGCUCACCAGCAUCCACAGGCUAUUAACCAGCAAUUUCUGAACCACCCACCUAUCCCUAGGCCUGUCAAGCCAGUGGAAUCCACCAAUUCCUCUGUUGAGGUCUCUCCUGACAUCUAUCAACACGUUAGGGAUGAGCUGAAGAGAGCUAGUGUAUCACAGGCUGUCUUUGCUAGAGUUGCAUUUAAUCGGACACAGGGUUUGCUAUCAGAAAUCCUUCGUAAAGAAGAGGACCCAAGGACAGCUUCCCAGUCUCUACUGGUCAACCUAAGAGCCAUGCAGAACUUCCUCAACCUGCCAGAGGUGGAGAGAGACAGGAUCUAUCAGGAUGAGAGAGAACGAAGCAUGAACCCUAAUGUAAGCCUGCUGUCGUCGUCAUCAUCAUCAUCAAGCAGCCCUAGCUCCUCUAGGGUUCCACAGAUGAAACCCCCCAACACUCCAACAUCCGACAUCCAGGUGAAAGUGGAGGUGGAAGGUUCCCAAGUAAACAUCACAUCUGCUGUUUACGACGAAAUUCAGCAGGAGAUGAAAAGAGCAAAGGUGUCCCAGGCCUUGUUUGCCAAAGUAGCUGCUAAUAAAAGUCAGGGUUGGCUUUGUGAACUGCUCCGUUGGAAGGAGAAUCCCAGCCCUGAGAAUCGUACUCUCUGGGAAAAUCUCUGCACCAUCCGUCGUUUCUUGGGGCUUCCUCAACAUGAACGGGAUGCAGUAUAUGAAGAGGAGUCACGGCACCAUCAUAGUGAAAGGCUUCAGCAUGUUGUACAGAUCACCCCAGAGCCUGUGCAGGUUUUACUGGGUCAACAUACACAGCCAACCAAAGAGACCUCACCUCCAAGGGAAGAGGCCCCACCUGCCCCUCCUCAAACCGAAGAAAGCUGCACUAAAAAGCCAAGAUCUCGCACGAAAAUCUCACUAGAGGCUUUGGGGAUCCUUCAGAGCUUUAUACAUGAUGUUGGUCUCUACCCCGACCAAGAGGCCAUCCACACAUUGUCUGCUCAGCUGGAUCUGCCUAAACACACAAUUAUAAAAUUCUUCCAGAAUCAGCGUUACCACGUUAAGCACCAUGGAAUCCUCAAGGAGCACCUGGGAAUUGCAGUGGAUGUUGCAGAAUACAAAGACGAAGAGCUCUUAACUGAAUCAGAGGAGAAUGACAGUGAGGAAGGCUUAGAGGAGAUGUAUACUGUAGAACAGGGUGAGGAAAACAAUGCAAAAGCCAAGCCCAGUCUAUCCGAGGUGGAUCAGAGAUAAUGCAAAGCAUUGGCAAUUGCCUAAAACAAAAAAGCAUAACAGCAAUACAAACAGAGGUCAUUGAUAUUUUUGCUACUGCUCUCCCUGCUAAACAUGGAGAGUUGGGAACAUUGCGUUUUUUGUAUUGCUAUAACUGGACCUUUCCUUGACACUUGAGUGUACAAAUUACACCUGACUGGAAGUAAACUAGCAAAAAACAAACAACUGUAUAUUUGAUCAUCUUGCACUUACAGAGAAAAUUCAAGCAAAUUGCUGGACCUCAAGAUAUACAGACUUAAUGAAGGAAAACUAUUUGUAUAUCAAAUAAAUAUAUAUAAAUAUAUACACACUCACAUGUGUGUAUUUUUAUAUAUAUAUUUAUAUGUGUGAUUGUGUAUAUGUACAUACACACACACACACAGGUAUAUUUAUGUUGCAUGGGAAGCAGACAUUUCAUUUUUUAAUGUACAGACUGUGAAAUGAGUUAAUUGCAGACCAUAUUUCAUUAUAUAUUAAAACCACUUUGCAGUGAGUUUCUCUGGGUUUCCUAUUUGAUAAAAUUCCUGCUUUCAUUAAGUGGUAAAUAUUAUUUUUGAUAUUUUGUUCUCCUUGUUUUAUUUUCUUUGUUUUUCUCCUGUCUUUCAACUGGCCAUUUGUUGGGCAACUUUUAUUUAAAGGUGGUUGUUUCAAAGUCAGAAGAAUAAACAGUGUAUUAUAUUUAAAUUCAGAAUACAGGGCAUACCAUCUUUAAAACAUCAGAAGGUGAAAUAUACUUAGUAUAGUCAGCUUACACUGUUUUAACUUUGUAAACUUCUCAUUAUUUGUUAAUUCACUCAAAUUCUACACAGUGGCAACAGAACAUCUUUUAAUAUUUAGAUGGACCAUUUCCUUAGAGACAUUCACAGGUUAGUACUUGGGUGCAAGAAAUUAUGGGAAAACUGAGCCAUAAUUACAUGACUUGCAAAUCAACUGAAGUGUCACCUUCACAGCAGCUCGGAAGAGGUGUGUACAACUCCAGAUCUUUAAGAAUACACACUUCAAGAGUACAGAACCUCUUCUUUAACACUGGUGCGUUAAUCAGGUUAAGUGUUUGAUUAUACCGCUUGUGCUCAAGCAAAGAGACACAGUUGAAUUACAUCAGUGCAGUAGGACAGUGUUUCUCAACCACGGUCCUCAAGUACCCCCAACAGUCCAGGUUUUCAUUAUAGCUUAACUAGAGCACAGGUGAAAUAAUCAGUUGAUCAGUAACACCAUGGUUACUAACCUGCUCUCACCCAUCAGCUGAUUAUUUCACCUGUGCACUAGUUCAGAUAUAAAAAAAACCUGGUCUGUUGGGGGCCGUGGUUGAGAAACAAUGCAGUAGGAGGUAACUAUAACAUGUUUGCUACAUUUGUCCUUUUCAUAAAGAUGUAUACUUACAAAAAAUGCAGUCAUUUUAUUUAAUUUUUUUUUAUUUGCUGACUGCUUCCAGAUCAAGAUACUGUAAAAAGAUGUUUUCUCUAUGUCAAAUGUAUGAGCUUUGAUCUCCCUAAUUCAACAUUGAGAGGGAGUUGUGUAUGUGAAAUCACUGGUGUUUUCUAAAACAGGAACCAGAAUCAGGAGUUGUUUAAUGCUUGGCUUAUGGGAAGAGCCUCUGGAGUAUUUGUUACAUUUUAUUGUUUUCAACUUUUCACAAAGGUAUGCUGGUAAGUCCUGCCAUGAUGAAAUUGCUUCAUGAGAUGUAGGUCUCACAUCUCAUACAACUAGCAGCCAUUUUAUAGCAUUUUAGAAUUAGGGGGAAAAAAUACGUAACAACGUUAUAUCUGUUCUUAUAAACUUUGCACAAAUAGCCAUUACUAUUACAUUUGGCUUUCACUAAAUAGCUGUUUUAUAUAUCUGUGUUCCUUUCAGUCCUUUUCUGUUUUUACCUUUCAUGAGAACGUUCACCACUGAAAAAUUUAACAGCUGUGAUUACAGGUUUUAUGGCAUCAGUAUGCUACAUAGCAUUGUUUGGCUAUUCUGUGAUUACUGGUCUAUCCAGUAAAAAUUUAAAAAGACAUCAGUCUGCUACAUAGCAUUAUUUCUAUAUUCUAUGAUUUAUUUUUAUUUUUUUAAUUUAAAGGUACCCACUAAUGUGGCUAAGUUUUUUUUAAAAAAUAUAAGUUAGGAAUGUGACAACUAUGGGCUCGCUUCCAUUGAGCCAUAAAAAAUGGAGCCGUAAACUAUCAAAGUUGCUGACAGCUAAAAGUAGUUUACUCCAUUUUAGUACCAGAUUUCCAUUGAAAUAUAUUGUUCAUUGCGUGCAGUCGCUCUUUUCGUGUCGGUGUAAGUUAAUGUGUAAACACUUCCAUCCAACGUUGGAUUUCCUGAAAAUGAAUUAGUUGCUAUGGUAACCCGACCUUAAACUAUAAAAUAUAUGUUUAAUGUCACCUCUAAAGAGAAACAAAUACAAAGAUACACUUACUUAUAAAACAUAUUUUUUAACUAUAAGCAAAUACUAUUUUUUAUUAUAUAUAUAUUUUCCACUUUAUUAAUAUAUGUAAUAUGUAUUGCUGCCUUAGGCAUAGGUCUAGAUUGAAUUUUGUAGAUAUGUGCUUGCAUAUAUUUUUAUAUGUAAAUACAUUUUGGUCUUUCCAUAAGAACAUAUUUGCAAAUAUUCCUAUAUAUGGGACAACAAUAAAUAUUACAUAUUACAAUUUAUUUAUACAAAACACUUGCAUUGUUUGCAAAAUAUAAUAUUUCAAUGGGAAUCAGGUCUCAAAAAGUUUGUUUUUUACCUCUUUUACACCUAGUUGAUCUGGGUGUAAUUUUUCUUAAUGUAUUGACAGCCUCCGACAGUGUAUUAAUGUUUUGCGCUUUUAUUGGAAACCUGGUGUAAAUUAGCGCGUAUACAGCUUCUAAUAUUUUCCAUGGAACGCAAAAAUAUUUUCGGCUGCCGGUAUUGAGGCAUAAUGCGCCAACUGAAGCAGUAAAUAAACAAAAUUGCUUCAGACACCAUAUUUUUUUCGUUUUGCCACCUCGCUCAAACCUAAUUAUGGCUCAAUGGAAACGAGCGCCAAUUAUCUUGUAUUACUGUUCAUAGCUGCUGCUUUUAGAAGUUUGUCUUUUUCAUUGUACACUUUUUUAUGAAUUUGAUAGAUGACUUCUAAUGCAAUACUCCAUGGUUGGACAGUUUUAGGUCAAAUAUUCUGCUCUUUAAUUGGUACAAGAACAGGUACUCUGCCUACCUAUAAUUGCCACAGCAUUGCCUCAAAGGCACAAUGACUGUGUUAUGAGUAUAUCAAUAAACUUGAUCCUGUUCCUAAAAUGUAGCUCCUAUGACAAAUUCUUGCAUCAGCAGAUUUUUUCAUAGCAGUUCUAUUUUAUUACCUAUAUAACACUUUGAUUACUAGUAUUUAGUGUGUGUCACUAAGUAAUGGUGGCUUUUUAUGGUUUGUCACAAUAACAAGAAACUAACUUCUCAACCCAGUCAUAAUAUAUGAUAUAGGUACCAGUGUUCCUUCCAAAUACCCUAACCACACACUUGCCCGCCAUAAUCAACUGUAACUAAUCUGACCCUACUGUCUCACUCCACCUUCUCACCUCUCCCCAAUUAACUCUUUACAUGUCUCCUGUUAUAACCCAUUACACACUUCAACUCACCCGCCCCAUUUAUCUUAAUUAUGAUCCCACACAUGGAAAUCUCCCCAACAUCAAAGUAAGCCUCCUGCAUUGGCCCAAUCACAAUACUGCACAACAUCUAAGGAAUCCUACCUACAUGACUCCCAAUCACAAACCUCAUAACAUGCAACAGCCUCCCUGAUAAACAAAUUGCCUCUACAAACUCCCCUAACACCAAGUGCCCGCACCAUCACCCAUUUUCUUACAAUUGAUCUGGGCCUUGCUUUUUCAACUUUUUAAAAAAAUUGUGACAAAAUGGAGUCCUCCCAAUCCUCUGAUUAGUCUGUGAGUAACUAAUCAGAAGAUACAAAUAUUUGCUGGACAGAGCCGAAUGCAGCAGUUCAUAUAUUAAUCUAUCAUAACAUUUCCUUUAUAAAAAAACAACAAAUUGGAAAUAAUGUGUUGGAUUUUAUUAUUUAGUAGAAAUUAACUUUAUAAAUAUUUCUCAAACUUAAACGAACCAUAAAAACAAAUUUACAUCUAAAAACAAAACAAAAAACCCCAGCAAAUAUGGCAGCAUAAACCUGUGUAAACCUGUUAGUUAAAUCAUAUCUUGUAUCCUUCUCCUUUAUUCUCAACUGAUUUAGGGCUAGAUUACAAGUGGCAUGCUAUUUAGCGCUCCUGCUCAAGCAUAAACAGCGCUAGAAGUAAUCUUUUGGUGCAUGAGGUUUGGCGCACGUAUUACAAGCUAAAACUUCUGCAUGCAUGCGAAACAAAAAGCACACUAACUUCAGGACUUUGGAUAUUGCACCCACUCUUACUUAUUCUCCCCAUAGACUUUAAUAGAGAGCGCAGAAGAAAAGAACCCAAAAGACCUUGCACGCUAACCUAACAGGAGUUAUUAAUAUUUCACAUUCCAAUGUUCUCCACAUACAGGGAAAUGUUAUUUUUAUUUUAAAUACAUAUAUAUAUAUCUGUAUAUACCUAUUCCUAUAUAUCUAUCGCUAUAAAUAUGUCUAUUAUACAUACUGUAAAAAAAUAUACAUAUAUUCUAUGGAUCAUUUAGAAUUUUUUACAAUAUCUAUAAUAAUUUAUAAUAAUUAUUAUUAUUUAAUAUUUCAACACUACAUUAGACCUACAUCGCGAAACCCGAAGCGGGUUAUGCAUAUUUUACAUUCCUAAAUUCUUUAUAUAGAAUAUUUUUUAAAUUUUUAUUAUCAAAAUAUAUUUUUAUACAUAUGUGAUAGUUUCAGUAUAAUAUAUAUAUCUAUACUUUUAUCUCUAAAGGUAUAGGUGUGUGUAUAUAUAUAUAUAUAUAUUUAAAAUAAAAAAAAUAAUUUUUCCUGUAUGUGAAGAACAUUGGAAUGUUAAAUAUUUACAGUAAAUAAAAAGUAAAACACAUUAUUGAAUAUUAGUAUAGAAUUAUUAUGUAGACAUAUAUAUUAUAGCCCUCUGCAGUCAAAUACAUUGCCAUAUACCAUAUACCUUUGAACCCUUAAAACAAAAAAUAUGAAUAUUUAUAUGACUAAUUUAUAUUGGAUAGUGUUUAUAUGAAUGUAACAGUUUAUUUUAAUGUGUUGUGUUUGGUGCAACUUAUAUUUUAACCCUAACCCUUUAUGCAAGGUCUUUAGUCGUGUUAACCCGACACUCGCUAAAUUAAAUUGUGCUCGAGCGAAGUUUUUACCUUCAACUUGUAAUAUGUGUGCAAAUUAACGCGUCCAGAAUAUUCAUAUAUUGCACGUGUUAAUGUUAGCACGCUACUUGUAAUUUACCCCUUAAUGUCUAUACUUUGAAUACGAUUAAUAGAUCUGCUAAGAUGUUAAAAAUGUGUCCAUUGAGAAGAUAGAAUCAAAUACAUCUCUUUGAGAUAGCAUCUGAUUUUUUUCUUUUUGGUUCUCUUUUUAGCAAUUCUAGACCACUUUGUGGAACUAAGAAACUAAAUGAAAAAAACAAAUGUCUAGCUAGGUUUACAAUAGUACAAUACAUUAACCUCUGUUGCCAGGCUCAUCAUUUCAACUGACAAAUGUGAAGAUAACAAAAUAGGUUUAAAAUACAUAUCAAAAUAAAUGUACACUAAUAUAUAAGUAAAAAAAUAGCUCAAUAAUUUCUGACAAGUGCAAUUUACUUUGCAAUUUAAAAAUCAAGGUGUAACUUGCAUUUACUUCAACCCGGGAUGUUAUAACUGUCCUGGGAACAUCUAUAUACAUCUUAAAUGGAAAUGAUUUCAAGGUCUAUUCAAAAGUUUUAUUUGUACUUUGUGAAUACAGAGGGAACAAGGAGAUCUGAAAUUGCCAGAUACAGAUUGGCUCCUAUGAACUUGAAAUCUUAUUAGAUAUAGGCUUUUAUCCUUUAAUGUUUGUAAGUGAGACUAGUAAGAUCUCAUAAGAUACAUUUUGCACAGCCUACUGCCAGAAACAGGACACAGAUGAUUCAUGCUUAAUGAUUAAUAUACUUAAUUAUGAGAACUGGGUAAAAUUGUGAUGGAGGAAUGUGUGAGUGAAACAUCCCAGCCUUGGUAGACAAUAAGAUAAACUGCUUUCUCCCUACUCUUUAUUGAAAUGUGGCUACUGUCUUCACUUCUCACUUAAAAAAAUAACUCGUCCUUUGUAGUUCCUGAUUAUGAAUGAGAAGUUGUGCAUUAGGAACAAAAAUAUGUCCAAUAUUUUUUGUUUAAUUACAAAUCGGCUGAUAUGUUUGGAGAUAUGUCCCUCAAUACAUGAGUUUUACUCUUCUAUAGGAAAACCUAAUUUGUUUAAGCUGAAUAUUAACUUUUUUUCCAUGUUUCCUUUAUCAUGGUUGUCUCCAAUGGUUAUACAUACAUGAUUUACCUUCUUAAUACAAAAAAACCAGAGCAAUGUGCUGCACACUUCAAAACCUGUGAUGAGCAGCAUUCUCUUAAAUUGAUUAUAAAGUUUAGGGGAACAUGGUAUAUAAUGUCUGACAUUUGAUGUAAAGCCAAACCGUACUCUCAAACAAAAAACAAUAACAUGGGAGCAUGGAUGGCACGUUGUCCUUAAAGGGCCACUGAACCCAAAAUUUUUAUUUCGUGAUUCAGAUAGAGCAUGCAAUUUUAAGCAACUUUCUAAUUUACUCCUAUUAUCAAUUUUUCUUCGUUCUCUUGCUAUCUUUAUUUGAAAAAGAAGGCAUCUAAGCUUUUUUUUUGGUUUAGAACUCUGGACAGCACUUUUUUAUUGGUGGAUGAAUGUAUCCACCAAUCAGCAAGGACAACCCAGGUUGUUCACCAAAAAUGGUCCGGCAUCUAAACUUACAUUCUUGCAUUUCAAAUAAAGAUACCAAGAAAAUUUGAUAAUAGGAGUAAAUUAGAAAGUUGCUUAAAAUGUCAUGCUCUAUCUGAAUCACAAAAGAAAAAGAUUGGGUUCAGUGUCCCUUGAAUAUUUUAGCCUGCAUGGUAUUGUACAUCACAAUAAAAAAAUUAAACAAAAAAGGAAAAUAUAAUAAAGUAUAUUGGUGUGCUGAGUGGAAAUGUCAUGGAUCAAAUAAACGCUAUAUGACCCAUUCCAUUUACAGCUUCUGUUGACUACUUUUAUGGCAUUUAAAGCUUUAUUGUUUUGGCCUUUCUCUGCUUCUGGGAGGAAACCUACAGACCCUUUCCCAGGGGUAUUUGACGGAUUAUGGAUUUACAGGUAUUUCUCCCAAAUGUUGUGAACUGUUGAUAGUGUAAGCAUUUGGUAUCUAACACUUUGACCAAAAAUGUAAUAAUUCUUUUUUAUUGCAAAUCUUGCAUUUUUUUGCUUUCACUGCCAUGUCUGUAGUGGUUCUACAGUGAAUCUGUGGGCAUACUUGGCCUGUGGUCUAGUCAGAACAUUUGCAGUGCAUAUAUGUUUAUUUAUUCAAUAUUCGUCGGAUAAUAAUAAUGUUUGGAACAAUUCCUCUUGUAGUGCCUCUUGAGAAAGCACAAUUUUACGCCUUUUUGUGAAACAGAAAAAAAAUGUGUUUUAUUGCAGUAACAACAAUGUGAAUACAAAGUCGCAUAUUGUAUAUGUCCCCCCCCCCCAUGUAAAUCUACUUUAUCUUUGUUAUCACUAAGUGAUAAUCAAUUUUUUAACUUAUGUGCAUUGUUAGGCAGAUAGAUUUUUGGGUUGUUGGAAAUAAAACUCAUUCAAUUAAGUCUGUUAUAAGUUUCUAGUUACGUCUAUGUGUGCGUGCAUGUGUGGUUUGCAAGGAAUAAAGAGAUACAGAAAAUAAAAUUAAAAAUAAAAAAAUCAUGAAAAUCA